UACGGGCGCGCGAUGCCUCGGCCCGGACGUGGCCGUCGCCGCCUCAACCCAAGCGGGCGGUGCACCGGGCUACAGCCAGCUGCAAAAGCGCACGUAGCCUAGCGAUGGCGCGGGGCGGAGCCAUGGGUUAUCCCGGCAGGUCCGAGACAUCCGCUUCCGGUGCCGGGGCCUUCGCGCUCAGGGACUCGUCAGGCCGGUCUGUUGAUUCAUGGUGUCAGACUCAGGUCCCUGCGGCCUUUGAGUGUCCGCCGCACUUGUAUCGCUGUCAGCGUCCUCGGCCAAUCAUGCUGGAACAUCUAAGCUCCUUCCCCACACAGAUGGAUUACAAGGGGCAGAAGCUAGCUGAACAGAUGUUUCAGGGAAUUAUUCUUUUUUCUGCAAUAGUUGGAUUUAUCUACGGUUACGUGGCUGAACAGUUCGGAUGGACUGUCUAUAUAGUUAUGGCCGGAUUUGCUUUUUCGUGUUUGCUGACACUUCCUCCUUGGCCUAUCUAUCGCCGACAUCCCCUCAAGUGGUUACCUGUUCAAGACUCAGGGACAGAAGACAAGAAACCAGGGGAUAGAAAAAUUAAGAGGCAUGCUAAAAAUAAUUAAUUGGGAUUUUCAUGACUCAACGCCUGCUUUUGUUUCCUGUGAGAUGAGCUAAAUUACUUUCAUAACCAAAACAUGAGCUAAAACCACCUAUGCUCUUAAAGCACAGCUGUGUAUAAUUUAGUUCUCUUUAUAUUUAAUUUCUAACCUUGUUGUGUUUUGAUUUACAAAUAUUUUAGACCAUCUCUUCAUAAUCUUGUUAUGAAAUGAACAGAAAACACAAGUAUGCAAUGUUUCUUUCAGGUAUAAUGAAUAAAUGCCUCAUAA